GUUUCUGCUAGUUUAUCAAAGGCAAGCCCCUGUAACAAGAAGCGCCUUUCCUAUCCAUCAACUGCUUUGUUCUUGCUCGUUCGAAAAUGGCGACAACUUUGGCUCCGUAUUUGACCACGAUUCGAUACACGCUCACGGCGGCCAUGUGCUUGCAGAGCUUCGCGUCUCAGGACGUCGAACGCCACAACAAGCCAGAAAUCGAGGCAGGGAGCUCUCCCGAAGUUCUGCUCAACCCGGUCAUUAUCUCUCGAAAUGUACAAGAGAAGGUUUUGAUCGAGGCCUCUGUCAACUCAGUUCGAGUCAGCGUUUGUUUGAAACAAGCCGACGAUCUCGAAAAGCUUUUGACCAAAAAAUACAUGCGCUUUCUUGCUCAACGCGCAGAGAACUUCGUCGUUCUUCGCCGAAAACCCAUCAAGGGCUAUGACAUCUCGUUCUUGAUCACCAAUACUCACACUGAACUCAUGUACAAACACAAGUUGGUUGACUUCAUCAUACAGUUCAUUCAGGACAUAGACAGUGAAAUCAGCAAAAUGAAGUCCUCUGUCAGCACUCGAGCGCGCGUCGUCGCUCAAUCCUAUCUCGUUCAAUUCACCAAAUAAAUUUGAACUGCCACACGGAAGGGGAGACGAAAAAAAGACACUUUUUUGACAUCUCGACCUG